GCGGGGCCCCUGGGCGGAGGGCUGCGGGACUACGUCAACGCAGGCCCCUGAGGCCGCCGCUGCGUUGUCCGGAGCGCUGUGCGGAGUAGCUCCGCGGCGUCAUGGCCAACUCCGGGAAGGAGGCCGAGGCGAUGGCGCUGCUGGCCGAGGCUGAGCGCAAGGUGAAAAACUCGCAGUCUUUCUUCUCCGGCCUCUUCGGAGGCUCAUCCAAAAUAGAGGAAGCAUGCGAGAUGUAUGCCAGAGCGGCGAACAUGUUCAAGAUGGCCAAGAAAUGGAGCGCUGCCGGAAAUGCUUUCUGCCAGGCCGCCCAGCUGCACCUACAGCUCCAGAGUAAGCAUGAUGCAGCCACCUGCUUUGUGGAUGCCGGAAACGCUUUUAAGAAAGCUGACCCCCAAGAGGCCAUUAACUGUUUGAUGAGAGCAAUAGAGAUCUAUACAGACAUGGGCCGAUUCACCAUCGCGGCCAAGCACCACAUCUCCAUCGCUGAGAUCUAUGAGACAGAACUGGUAGAUAUGGAGAAGGCCAUCGCCCACUAUGAACAGUCUGCGGAUUACUACAAAGGCGAGGAAUCCAACAGCUCAGCCAACAAGUGUCUGCUGAAGGUGGCAGGCUACGCUGCACAGCUGGAGCAGUACCAGAAGGCCAUCGACAUCUACGAGCAGGUGGGGACCAGUGCCAUGGACAGCCCCCUCCUCAAGUACAGCGCCAAAGACUACUUCUUCAAAGCAGCCCUCUGCCACUUCUGCAUCGACAUGCUUAAUGCCAAGCUCGCUGUCCAGAAGUAUGAGGAGCUGUUCCCAGCCUUCUCAGAUUCCCGGGAAUGCAAGCUGAUGAAAUUCUCCCCAACAGCGUCUACUGGGCCUGGCUGGCCUGGCCCUGACCCUGCCUGCCAUUUGCUUGCAGAAGCUGCUGGAUGCCCAUGAGGAACAGAACGUGGACAGCUACACGGAAGUGGUAAAAGAGUAUGACUCCAUCUCGAGGCUGGACCAGUGGCUCACCACCAUGCUACUACGCAUCAAAAAGACCAUCCAGGGCGAUGAGGAGGACCUGCGCUAGGCCUGUGGCCACCAAUUUCCCACCCAUCUGUCCCCAAGAGAGGUGGGGCCAACACUGCUUACCAUGGAGGCCACAUCCUCCAGGGCACCAGGCACGCUCUGCCAGCCAGAUGGUCACCCUCUGCCCGCUGCAUCCCUCACCCUGCCUAUUAUUUAAGCCCCUGAACGUGUCAUCCUCUGCCUUGGAGACCAGCUGGACAGACUUCAGUAUAGACCUCUGUGCCGCAGGAGCCUGGGGUCAGCAUCCAGUUCAUCUGGCCAGUUGUGUGCUGAAGCUGUUCCAUCUCCCCACCUUGUAUCCCAGCAGAGUUCUGAGCACAGGUAGUCCAAAGACUUGCUCUCCCUAGCUGGGAGUAACCUGGAGCCCCCAGCCUCCUGCAACCCCCACCUCUCAGGUUAGGCCCAGCCCUGGCACCCACAGUGGUCCCAGGGCCCACCUUGCACCUGCUCCUUUCCCAGCCUCCUGGUCAGUCUGUCAGCUGGAAGCUGCAACUUGUCCAGGAAGGACAAUAAAACCUGCCACUUUUGCAUGAG